CAUAACACAAAAUAAAUCAUGUGGCAAUACUGUUACUCAAACAAUGCGAUUUGGGUGGUCCUCCCAUUCACUCUCAGUUUGUCUCUCGCGCUCUCUCUCUCUCGGCGGCAGCAGCAGCUCACCGCAGUCUGUGUCAUUUAGUUAAUUUCAUUUAAGUUCUGCGGUAGUGUUUCUUUGACUCGUUCGUUCGUUGUUGAUUUGUUUUCUUUGAUUUUUAAUUUAAAUUCGAGUUUGUUUUAUUUGUUAAACAAAAGAAUAUGACUAAAUAAGUAUUAAAAUUAAUAAAGAAAUUCACACUGCCAAUAAAAUUAUACCCUGGAAAGGAGUAAAAAAGAAGAAAAAAAAACGAAGAGAAAUUCCCACAAAAAGAAUCUUGAAGAUUGCCAGACAACAAAAAAGUCGCCGAAAUUGCUUUUAACAACAAAUCACACACGAAAAAAAAAACAUAAACAAAUCCGGUGCUUUGAUGGAAUUAUAACAACAACAACAGCAAUUGUGUAUUAAAAGAAUUUAUUAAGAAAAUGUGUUAACUAAUUUCAAGUUAUUUUACCAGUUUCAUUUAGUGGCCAUAACUUUCUGGUCGCAUUUUUAUUUCGUUUUGUGGAAAUAAAAUAAAAAAUACAACAGCAGGCCAGCCACAUUGUCUCGUCUCUAGACGAGAAGAAGACAAGUCGAAAAAAGCCAUGAGUCCCACCAGCAGAAUAAAACUGAAAAAAGAUCCUCUCACCUGUCGAUGUCGACCACCCAUUCUAUUCCUCGCACUGUGUAUAAUCUUGUUAAAACUAUCGCUAGCGGAAGCUAAUAUCACAGCUGCCACCUCCCUGCUAGCUGUGGCCACAGCGCCCAAUGUUAUAUCGCCCGCCGCCAUCACCAACAGUCAAGCAACAAACCACCUACAAAUCCCCUUGGAACCCAUAAAUGGUACCAGUAAUUUCCGCAUCUAUAAAAAAGGUAAAGAUGAUAAACAUUGGUUGGAUGGUCGUGGCCUCAGUAUGCAACAUGUGCAGUGUGUGCGCAAGGGAAAUUGUGAAAAACUACAAUUUUCCACAUGUUUGGGUGUUAAACUGCCAUAUACACAUACCAGUUUGGAUUUGACCAUAUCGCACAGUCAAAAGGAUAUCCAAGAGAGAUUGAAAAAUAUGAUGGCACUGAAACAUGUACCCAAGUGCUGGGCUGUGAUACAGCCCUUUAUAUGUGCCGUCUUGGCUCCCAAAUGUGAGAAUAUCAAUGGCGAUGAUAUGGUGUAUUUGCCUUCGCUGGAAAUGUGCCGCCUUACCUUGGAGCCCUGUCGCAUACUCUACAACACUUCAUAUUUCCCCGAAUACUUGAAGUGCAAUGAAACACAUUUUCCCUCAAAAUGUAAUAAUGAAGUACGUGAAAUGAAAUUUAAUCUAACCGGUCAGUGUUUGGAUCCUUUGGUACCGGCUGAAUCGAGUGUUAGCUAUCAUCCCGGCGUGGAGGGUUGUGGUGUACGUUGUAAGGAUCCUUUGUACACCGAUGGUGAACAUCGUCAAAUACAGAAGUUAAUUGGAUGGGGUGCCACCUUGUGCUUCCUAUGCAAUCUGUUUGUUGUGGCCACAUUUAUGAUUGAUUGGGAAAAUGCCAGCAAAUAUCCAGCAUUGAUUGUUUUCUAUAUCAAUAUGUGUUUCAUGAUUGCGUGUUUGGGAUGGUUGGCCCAAUUCACACCUGGUUCGCGCGAGGACAUUGUCUGCCGUAAAGAUGGCACACUGCGUCAUUCUGAACCCACGGCAGGAGAAAACCUCUCCUGUGUUGUGGUCUUUGUAAUUGUCUAUUACUUUCUGAUUGCGGCCAUGGUUUGGUUUGUUUUCCUAACCUAUGCCUGGCAUUUGCGAGCUGUAGGCAAUGUUCAAGAUCGCAUCGAUAAGAAAGGUUCCUAUUUCCAUUUGAUUGCCUGGUCUUUGCCACUGGUGCUAACCAUUACAACAUUGGCCCUCAGUGAAGUGGAUGGCAAUAGUAUUGUUGGUAUUUGUUUUGUGGGCUAUCGUAACCACCCCAUUCGUUCCGGAUUGCUGCUGGGCCCUCUGUGCGGUGUUAUAUUGGUGGGUGGUUAUUUCAUAAUUCGUGGCAUGAUAAUGUUGUUUGGUUUGAAACAUUUUGCCAAUGACAUUAAGUCGACAUCGGCGAGUAAUAAAAUCCAUUUGAUUAUUGUGCGGAUGAGUGUUUGUGCCCUGUUUACGUUGCUGUUUAUUUUGGUGUCGAUUGCCUGCCAUGUCAAUGAAUUUCGCCACUCGCAGGAGUGGGCGGAGAGUUUAAGGGAGUAUGUGAACUGUACAAUUUUUGGCCGUUUCAACAAUGAAUAUGUCCAGUGCAAAUUGUCCCAGAGACCCAGUGUUUCGGUCCUGCAAUUACAUUUGCUGUGUCUCUUUGGUGCCGGCAUUGUCAUGUCUACUUGGUGCUGGACGCCCAGCUCUGUGGAAACCUGGAAACGUUAUAUCAGAAAAAAGUGCGGGAAAGAUGUAUCGGAGGAAGUGAAAAUGCCCAAACACAAAGUCAUAGCCCAGACAUGGGCCAAGCGCAAAGAAUUCGAAGAUAAGGGGAGGCUCUCCAUAACCCUUUGCAACACCCACACCGAUCCGGUAGGUUUAAAUUUUGAUGUCAACGAUUUAAAUUCCUCGGAAACGAAUGACAUUAGCUCCACUUGGGCAAAUUAUCUACCACAGUUUGUAAAGAGAAGAAUGGCUCUGACAGGAGCCACUGCUGCCAACAAUGCUAGUCAUCAUGCCGGAGCGGCAGCUCAUCAUAAUCGCAAAAAUUCCUUAGAUUCGGAGAUAAGUUUUAGUGUGAGACAUGUUUCGGUGGAGUCUCGGCGGAAUUCCGUUGACUCCCAGGUCUCGGUGAAGAUACAGGAAAUGAAAACCAAAGUGGCGCGAUCAAGGGGUGGCAGACAUCACCAUCACGGCAAACAUUCGGCGGGGAAACGUUAUCAAAAGGCUCGAGACUUUAAUGCCGCCGGCGGAGGAAGACGACACAACGGAAGGCGGGAGAGUAGUACCUCCAUAGAAUCACAAAUUAUUGCGCUACAAAAAACCACCUAUCCCAAUUCACAUCACAAACUGGGACUCUUUGCACAGAGUACAAAAAAUCAUGGUGGCUCAAAGAGGAGGUCGGGGCAUGGCACCUUGGAUCCAAAUGAUAUAACCGAAUUUUUGGCCAGAAAUGGUCAACUGAUAUUGCCAUUUUUACAAAAUCAGGGCAUGACCACUUCCUCGGAUGAAGAAGAAAACUCGAAGGGAUCUUUGAAGAUACAGGGGUCGCGUUUGGAUGUUGUACUCAAACAGGAUUUAAGUGAUGAUAAUUCGGAGGAGUUUGAAACAAGGCAUCACAAUGGUCCCCAAAUAGAAGAGAUACAUGAUCAUGAUAAUGAAGAGGAUGACCAUACUAAUAUGCAUGGGAGGAGUAGUAAAACCAAACGUCAAUCUGCCUAUGAGGAGCUGCUUAAACAGACCCAAAAGUCCCAUGAUUCUAAUCAUAAUCACAAACAUUCACGCAAUUCCACACGCAACUCAAGGCAUUCACGGAAGUCGCAGGCCCUUAACACCUCCCAACACAAGCGUUCCCUUAAACGCAAUCAAACCGCCAAUUCAAAUCGUCGAAAAUCUACCAAUUCGAAAAUAUUCGAAAUGGAUUCCCUUAACACCUCGGAUUUAAAUUUACAGCUAAAACGGGAAUUAACCUUUGGCAGCCAUCGUGAUGAUGAGGAUGAUGACGAGGACACGGCCAGCAAUGAUUCAUUUUCUUCGGUGGACUUGGAUUUGCCGCUAAAUGUUUUCCUACAACAUUCUCUCUCCGGCCAAAGUAAGACCAGCUGUGAUGUGGGUAUUCAGGCGGACGCCUUUGAUCUCUCCAAUCGCACCUCAGCCGAUGAGGAUGAUCUAAAGAAAUGUGUACGCCACAUGAAUCACCAUAAUCAGCGGCGUAAUCGUUACGAAGCCGAUGCCUAUGAAAUGCAGUCACUGGUGGAUAAACACAAAAAUACCCCACUUAUAAUGAGUGAGGCGGAAAAGCUGAAAAUGUUAUUGCUACCUUCAAAGUAGGGAGAUUUUUUUUUUCCAAAUCGUAUGAAGAAGGUUUCAAGUUGUUUUUCCUCAAUGAGGAAGUGUCUCGGAAUUAGGUAGCUUAUGAAAAUGAGAAAAAUUUUCGGUUCAUUUUUUAUGAUUUAGUAUUUGAAAAAUACUCAAUUUAUUUUAAGAUAAUUGAUAGACUAAGAUAAGAUGUAAAGCUUUACAAAAACACAACAAUAUAUUUACAUGGAAGGAGGGAGAGACGAAGAAAAAAAUUCCCUAAAAAUUGGUUGUUCAGAUCUUCCAAAGAGCCCCACAAUAAUGUCCUGUUUUUCCAUGGCGAUCUGAAAGUGAACUCCAACGAAAAACAUCCAUUCCAAGAAUAUUUUUUGAAUUGAAUCAAAAUCUAAAGUUUGAAAAACAAAUAAGGAAUGGGCGUUGUUUCGGCUUAACUCAGGAAUCGCCAUUUGGAGUCAGGUCAUACAUUUUAUAUCAAGAGUUUUCAACUCAAUACAAAACUCCAAAUGUUUUGGGAAUAAAAUACGUCAGGGUGAGAUAAAAAAACUGCAACAAAGUCAAACGCCAUAAUAUUUACAUUUUUUUUUUAAAUUUUAUUGAAUGAAAGCAAAAAAUGUCGGAAAUAGCAUCAAAUUUUAAAAUUAGUUUAGAUUUGCUCAAAUUUGUCACCAUUGGCACGAAUUAUGGCCUUCAAACGGCCAAUGAAACACCGUCACACACUGCCCGAAUAUUGCUCUGCGGUAUUUUAGCCCAUUCCCAGCGAAGUGCUUGCUUUAGGUGAUCGACACUUUGGUAUUUUUAGUGCCAACCUUGCUUUCUAAAUUAUUCCAGACACAAUAGUCCAACGGAUUGGUAUCCGGAGAUUUUGGUGGCCAUUGUGCGCUGGAAAUGAAGCGAGGAACCUGAUUUUGUGCUGAGCGUGCUGAGUGCGAUGAUGCUGGAGUCCUGUUGGAAUGUUCAAGACCUGCAGCCAAAAUGUUUGCGUGCCCAAGGCUUGAAUACACCCUCCAGAAUAUUUUCGCGAUAAUAUUCGGCAUUUAUACUGAUGCCAUGGUCGAUUAAUACGAGCGGAGAGCGAUCAUCAGCUAUUAUGGCGGCCCACACCAUCACCAUGGCCGGCGCUUAAGUUUUGGUGGCCAACCGAAGGUGCACAUUUUCUGCUGACCUCUUUGGCAAGUAAACACGAUCAUUUUGUUUCUUUACAAACUACUGGACAACGAAUGUUUUCUCUUCGGAGAAAACCAAAUUCGGCAGUUCACCACUUUCGGCCAAGCGAAGCAACUCUUUAGCUCUUUUUUGAGUCUAUUUUCUUUCUUUCUUGCACUUUUUGGAAUUUCAAUGGCUUUACCCCGAGCUCAUUCUUCAACAUUUGCCGAAUGGAAUAUUGUGAUAUGUUCAGCUCACGAGCCAUUUUACGGCCACCGCGACGCGGUUUUCGGCCAAGUAGCUUCUUCAUUUUUCGAACUAUUUUUGCUGACGUAUCACUUUAACGAGCGAUGAUAUGAGACAUAAAAAAUUUAUUCACAUUUAAAUGCUUGAGUGCUCUAACGAUAGCCACUUACGGUUUUCCAGCCAAAUAUAAAGAAAUCACUAUCACGCUUGAAUUCCAUCACGAAUAACUUUUUUUCUGGAAAAUUCUCGCUCAGAUGCUUUUGUACGCUUGUAAAUAAUAUUAUGAGCUGUCACUGGAACAAUUUCAACAGCUGUCGGACGAGUGGCUUAGAAAUGACAGCAGUUUGAAGUUGGUUGAAGUUUUUUCAUCUCACUCUGUAAUUUCAUGGAAGGAGAGAGAAAAGAAGAAACAAAUUCCUUAAAACAUUGGUUGUUCAGAUCUUCCAAAAAGCGCCACAAUAAUGUCAUGUUUUUCUAUGACCAUUUGAAAGUGAACUCGAAAGGAAAACAUCCAUUCCAAGAGUAUUUUACAAAUUUAAUCAAAAUCUAAAAUUUUAAAAAACAAAUAAGGAAUGGGUUUUAUUUCGACUUAACUUUAGAAUCGUCAUACAGAGACAAGUCAUACAUUUUAUAUCAAGGGUUUUCAACUCAAUACAAAACUCUCAAAAUUGUUGGGAAUAAAAUACUCUACAUAAAUUAUUUUUAUACAGUGCUUCCAAGUCAAUAUAAAACACAUAAACUUUGGAAAAAAUAUUGCUAAUUUUAUAAAGAGCUUCCAACCCAAAAAAAAACAAAACAAAUAA